GGUUGAUUUUCUUGCAUUACCCAUUUUGUCCCCAUUUCUUCAGAGCCAGAUGAGGCUUUUUUCUGGGAUAUUUUAGUAAAAUUUAGAUGGGAGGUGGAGAGACGUUUCGACUUCUGCGCAUCCCUCGUCUCUCCCCUCUCCCUCGUUUUAAGCUCUCGAACUCGUUCCUCCCCAAACAUCUAUUGGCGACGCUCGCCUCGAUAAUCCCGUUCGACCUAAACGAGUUGCUAAGAUUUCUGAACCAGUUGACUCAAAUGGACUUAGACAUGGAUCGAAUUGUGCGGGUACAGAAAAAUCUCCGAGAUGUUCUUAGAUUUCUAGUUCGCUGGUUCAUAAAUUUCUCGAAUGUGCUUCUUCGACAACUGGGGUUGCUGAGGGAGGUGGUGGAGGCCUGAUGGAGGUUUGCUGAGAGGUUGUCUACAAUCUAGGUGCGGGGUUCUAAAGGAUUUGAUCCAAGUGUUGAAGGAUUUGGCUUUCAACUCUUCAUUUUUUCCUAAAUAGAAAUUUUAUGAUACACAAUUCCGAAGGGUUUGCUUGCAGUUGCUGGGUUUUUCAACAAUAGAGACGGAGGUUCAUAUAGUGUGCAUUGGUAUUUAGAGUUUUUUCCAUUUUUAAUUUUAUUUUUUAAUAGCAUAUUAAAUAACAGUUUGAUUGGAACAAACUUUGCCAUUAUGAUAAGUCCCAAAGCUCGCUUUGUGAAAA